UCGGCCGCCGUGCGCUGUGAUCGCUCGUGACAGAGCUUUCGUCCUCGAUCGUGCCAUGUGUGAUGUUUUCAUCACAGAGCGGAAUUGUCAACUAUUCUCCGCACACGACCUCUUUCGACAUUAAUGAGUAACACCCUGGAAUACCACUGUAAUCGCGGUUUUAAAGCCGAAGGACAGCUUUCGCUGAGUGUCAAGUUUUCUCGUAAGCUCGUGGCCGUUGACACUGCAGCGUGCGGUGGAUCCCGCAGUGCGCGAGUGUAUGCUUAAUUGGCGAAUACAAUCGGCAGCAUCAGCUGAGACGCGUAAACAUUGCAUUUAGUAGUUUUGGUGUAGGACUUGAGAUGACACCGCACACAGCUCCCGUUUAAAUCUUUGAAAACAUUCACAAGGAUACAAACAUGCGGCGUCUUAUUUUGCUACUGUUAACAGGAACGGCGCUGGCUGUCGAAGUUCAUUUCGAAAAUAAAGACAGCGGAUUCUUCUUGAAGCACACGGCUAGAUGGAGUGGCUCUGGUCCGCCGCCUGAGCCUAUGGGAACAGCACUACCCGGUUCAUUACUAUCCCUUGAUCGGUUUACAGUAUUACAAGGCUCCGCACCAGCCUCAGUUCGCGCCACAUACGGGCCAUUUUCAACAAAACAAACUGUUCCGGCCAGGUACGCUGUACCUGAUCCUUUAGAACCCCCUAGGCGAAACGCAACAUUAUUAGAAUUACAAGAUGCAACAGCACACAGACUUGACGUGUCAGCCCAUCUCGUAUUCCGAGAGCUACCAAGAGAUUCCCCGGUACUAAGGGUGUUGUUUCACACUGGUGGUGAAGGUGGGGCGCGACGAGCAGCCACACGUCCGAGAAGAGUAUGCAUAACUUUACAUGCAAGCCUUGGAUCACGAUCAUUGACGGCUACAUGUGGACCUGAGGGAGAAGAGGGUGCAUGUUUAGCUGAGUUAACUGUGCCAGCUGCAUGGUGGCCUGCUGAUGGAAAAGGCAAACGGCCACCUCGAACUGUUAGAUUAGCUUAUAGCGCUGCGGAAGCCAGUAGCAGUGACAAUGGAGAUGGAGCUUGCGGCAGGGUUUCUGUACAGCCAGCCUGGCCGUUGGGUUUUGUCACUUUGGCGGGCGCUCGGGCGGGAUACAGAGAAGCAAGAGCUGGUGACGCUGCUCUUUUGCUUCCCCGAGCGUCGCUAUAUCCUCAUUCAAGAUUGCAUCUACCGUUCGUUGUUCGACGAGAUACCAGCCAUAAUAUUGGACAUGUUGUUAUAAGAAUGAAGGUGAAGUCAGGACUGAGGCUGGUGGGUGUGACUGCAGCAAACUCUCGUUGGGCGGUCACCGCUGAAGUGAAGCCUCGUGCUGCGACAGUAACCGCAACCCGCCUCGAACAACCCUUACGAGAUGACGAUGGCCUCGACACAGAUGUGGAAGAAACCAGUGGUGCCGGAGGUCCCGGAUGGGAGGAAGUGCUCACUUGGCUCGUGGAAGUCGGGGCUGAAGGAGAAAGCGAUACUGAAGGCUCCGAGGGUGAAUCUGGCCGGGGCACCGCUCGCCUUAGCUGGUCCGCUAGAGUAUCGUCCACUUCAACGUCAACGUCUACCACUGAAGAUCCUCCUCAUGAACACAGAGUUAACACACGACUUGACAUUGAAAAAGAUGAUAUACAAGCAGUGCUACCUAUUUCAAAGAAUUGGGAGGUACUAAACACGGCUGUGCUGACUGGGCGGCAAGUGUCGCAGGCUAUGAAGGUCCUCAUAGUGUCGCAGGCGGGUCAGGUUGCAGACGUUACUCUGCAAAGCUCCUGCCACUCCGAAGACGAAAGCGUAUUAAAAGUAUCAUCGUCAUGUAGUUCAGUUUAUGUGGACGGAUCAGAGAUACGAGGGUCGUCGAAUGCCUCGGUGAUUGUCAAGUAUGGAACGUACACUGGGCUGGCACGCUUCACUGUCUGGAUGCCGGAAAAUCCACUAGAAAUUGACGUCGAUGAUAAUCGAUUAUCACAGAUUAAAGGAUGGAAAGUAUCAGACGAAUCAAAUUCAAAGGACAGACUGAGACGAUCACUGACCGCGCGCGGUUGGGGCGGUGCCAGACCGGACGGGACAAACUCUUUGACAGAUCAACGCACUUGCAGGCUUAGAUAUCAACAGAGUAAUGUAGAGGUGUACGCGAGAUUUCUUGCCAAAGAUCAUGAUUCAGGCCGUGUCUCGUACUUCGUUUCACGGCGAACGUGGCUUAAGGUGACAGAGCUGGUGUUGUCAUUGAUGCGUGUAUCAGACCCGCGCAUCGCUUCACUUCGUGGUCGCGUCUUACAAGGAAGAAGUACUGGCCGGACUGAAGUGCAAGUGCUGUCGCCAAUAACUGGUCGUGUGAUAGGUGUCCGUGAAGUGAGAGUAGUGAAUGAUAAGGUAUCGAUCUCUCGGCUACUAGUGAGAGUCAUAUCGGGUCUUCAACUCAACAUAUCUCCUGAUUCGGCGAUAGAAAAUGGAUAUGUAUCUGAAACCACAGUCACAAGACGUCUAACUGCACAAUAUCAAGAAGGUCUACUGGAUAUCGACAUGGAGUUCUCAGAUGGUAGUCGCACAGCAUUGCGUGACGUCGCAGUGUCUGACUACUACCUACUGGUGGAGAGUUUAGAUCCCGAGGUGGUGGCAUUUGCACCAAUGCUCGCUUCCAGACAUCCAAGAGUUAUAGCUGUUGGUGAAGGUAGUGGUGAGUUGCUCCGAGUGACCCUUCUAACACCUGAACAAUGCCGUUCGGGGCCACUCCGAAGAGUUGCUCUCCCAGGAAAAGGAGAUGCCAAGACACCUGCCAAUAUUAAAAACAUACCCGGUGCAUUAGCGAGUGCGGCAGCCAGUGUCGACGUGGACUUCAGCGGUGGUGAUGUCCCACAGAGACCAGAUACUCCGCAGAAUGACGAUAUUAUGGCGCGUGGCGGCGUCAGAACUGGAAUGGCUGAUCUUAGCGAUGUUCUUAAAGGAUUCUCGCCGUUCAAAGAUGAGAAUAACCACGAGCCGACAGUACAGGCGCAACAAUAUGGUUCCAUCUUCCGGACCAACUCCGCAGUGCAUCCCAGACACCCGCCCCCACACAUGUCGCCUGUAGAAAUAGGAAUGUAUGUUUUACUUGGUGCAUUCUGUUUCGCUAUUGUGGUGUUCGUAGUAUCAUGCGUGGUGUACGCAUCUCGUCUUAAACCGGUGGGAACUGAAGGCGGAACUGCUAUCGGUCGCAGUAUGCCAGCAAUGGCUGAAGGAGGACGGCUCCAAGUGGCCGGCCUUGUUGGUACCACGCUUGGUUUAGCGAGAGACAAGCCAUCUAGGGAGUCAACCACUAACGCUCAUGAUUGGGUAUGGUUAGGACGAGCAACAAUUGAACGCAACGGCAAUCGUCACGUCGCCAACCGCAACUCUACGCAGCCUGUUGACAAUGCAAACAGCAACCAUGAAAUGCGUAUCACCGCCAAUCCACUCAACUACAACUACGUAGACCCCGACGAUGCGAUUAAAGACAAUGGAAACGUUAUGGUUACCAGCUUCGAUAACCCCAACUCGAUUGAAUUACCGUCGCAAAAUGAUAGAAGAGAAAGGGUUAUUGAUUCAACCACGUAUUGCAAGAAGCCAGUGAGGCACACUCGUCAGCCGUCCGGCGAUGGACAUUGGCAGGCAGAUUCAUCCCACCAAGACGACUACCGACCUCCAGUACCUCCGCACAGAAACUCCUCCACGCCCCAACCACAGUUGCCUGUACCCCCACGGAACCCGAACAAAAUUUUACCUGAGGCAGUCAUGCCUCCGACCAGACGGAGUCACUCCAGGAAUCAUCACAAGAGGCACGAACGCGAUCACGAGUCGAAAAGGUCUCCCGAACAUGGCCGCCGCUCAGACAGAAUUAUUGAUUUGAAUAAAGUCGACGCCCCAUAUUUAUCGAGCCGAGAUAUGAAAGACUACAAGCGAGAAUCAAACCUUAUUCAUCACAACGACAUUGGCGACAACCCCGUGGAAAAGCUGACUAACAAGGAGGACUGCGCUAGGCUGUUCGAAUUCGACAACGACGCCCCGCUCGUCAUGGAGAACAAGGACUACAGAGAGAUAGUGGGCCUCAAUAGAGGCACCGAAGACUCCCGACGUACCUUCGUCAAACCGCAGAGUCCCGACUACAUGCAUGAUUCAGGAAUAGGACUACCUGAAUUACAGAUGAGGCACAAGACCAGAUCGAAGGAGCCGAAAGGAGACUUUGUGGAGGCUCAGACGAAAGGGAGCAGUUCUCCGGAGGUAAAGCGCGCCACCAUCGUAGGCAACCCGAUGUACUCCCGGGGCGGAGAGGGCAGGGAUGAUGCCGAACCGCGCCCCGAUGCCGUGGAGGCGCUCGGUCUUGACGACUUACAUAUGGACUACAAUCAAAUCAUGCACUAUUUCCACAAUCUCAAGGAAUCAAACGCCUGAGUAGAGCAGAUCAUUGCAAAGAUCCGGCAGAUAUUGUCUACGUUUAAAUAUCAGCAUAUCAUCAAAGCUCCUCCAAUCGACGUAUACAAUGCACCCACUGAUAUGUCCCGGGCAACCGGGUUUGAGGGCAGCACCAUGGACACGCAAAACAACAAUUUAUUACCGUCAAACGACGCGCCCAUAUAUGAGAAUAUCAACAACAGCAAUGUCGUUGCACCCACACAAAUGCUUUGCGACUCAAUCGCUCAUAAAAACAACUUUAUGAAAACACAACUGAAGUUCUUGUUGGAGCAUUUGAGCGAAGCUUACGAAUAAAAUUGUUGUUGUGCGGGUCAAGGUAUUGCCCUCUACAAUAUGUGUCUAAAUGUGGAUCCUUGCAGUGAUCAAAAACGAAAUAUACUAUAUAAUGUAACUGUUUUAUACAUGUAUUAUCAUAUAACGUAUUUACUCUAGUCAUCUACAAAGCUGCACAUACUUAAGAACCUAAUAUGUACUAAUUGUGCGCGUGUAGUUAAUACUCAAUACGUUAAUGGUUAUAAUAGAUUGAUAUAAGUAUAUAUUGUUGUUUAAUCUGUAUAUUUAAUGAUAUAUUUAUCCUUUAAAGUACGGGCUAAUCGUUUCUCUUAAAUGCAACGUGUUCUUACGGACUUAGGUACACCAAAAGCCUAGACAUUGACGCUGCCACAAUAUCCCAAUACCAAAUAGAAAAUAAUAUUGCAUUUGUUCUAGAAUAUGUAAAUAUUUUUCCAUUAGUAGGUAAAAAUGCUACCUCACUUUUGUCUAACUUUAGCUUAGCUUAUAGGACUAUAUGUAUCAUUCUGCGAACAAUUUAAGCAACCCGUAUUUAUAUAACAAAUAUUCCAUUUAGAAAACAAAUAUUGUUUCUCCUAUUUCUACAGAAUGAUAACAUAUAAAUUAUACAUAGGUAUUAAGACUGCAAAUUGCCAGUGUUUAAGGAAUUAAUCAUAUUUUAAUAAGAUUAGAUUGUAAGGCACAGAACUAGUCAAAUAUUUAUAAUCUGAGCUAAUUAUUUGCUCAAUUCUGUUACUUAUACUGUUUUUAUUAACUGAAUACUUUGAUGAGUCAUGUUCCUUUGUUAUUA